AUGUUCUUAAAAUCCUUCUCAAAACUUGCGGCUUGUGCUCUCAUCGGAAGUUGUGCGACCGGUCUCUAUAAUAACAAAUCAUCGUCAUUGCUCAUGAAUACCAAUCAACAAACAACAGCAACAACUGAGGAAAAUGAAUGGAAAUCAAGCGUGGUUGAUUUUAGGAGCAAGCUGGUGUUGGCUUCCAGUUCCUCUGUUCAUCCUUCCACUCCGACAUCACCUGCUGCUGUGAUUGCUGCUCAACAAGUACAAGAGGGUGGUGGUUUGAUGAAACCAUCCAAAGAUCAAGAUGAUGCUACCAUACUGGAUGAGAAGGGAGUACCUCCAACUGAGACUACUGGAAGACCUGCUCCACCUCCAGUGAGUGGUCGUAGCCAACCAUCACCAACAACUCCUUCUUCUCAAUUGCCAAAGAUUCCGGGAUAUGUGAAAACGCACUCUAAAACGAGAGAAAGUUUAGAAUUAUUUCAGGCAUUCUAUGAAUUGGGAUUACCACAAGAUAGAGAGAUGCAUCUUUUUUCUGGAUAUUUCUCUGCAACUGACACCAGAUUGAGAAUUCCAAGUUUUGUGGCAUGGAUGAUUAAAGGAGCAUCUUCUUCUGAGCAAGGUGGAAAAGAGAGAAAAUCAGAUCGUUCUAAUUCCAAGUUUCUCACAAGCCCAUUCCUUCCCCCUGAAUUUAAUGCAGACAACACUGAUUAUUCUGUUUCUGGGUACGAUCGAGGACACAUGUGUCCUUGUGGUGACUUUUAUUACAGCAUGGAUCAAAAGGCUCUCGAUGAGACAUUCUAUUUAUCUCAUAAUGUCGUCCCACAAGAACCAAACAACAACAGAUUUUAUUGGUUGCGUGUAGAAAUGUUUACAAGAAGUUUGGCAAAGCAAUUUGAUAAUGUCUAUGUGGUUGCGGGACCUUUGUUUGUUCCUGAAGAAGCCAACUCGAAAAAGUUUGUCAAAUACGAAGUCAUUGGCGAUAACCAUGUCGCCGUACCAACUCAUUUGUACAGAAUUUUAGUUGGAGAAAAAAAGGGAGAAAAUAAGUUUUUCAUUCAGGCGUUCAUGUUACCCAACAAGCCGAUUCCCAAAACAAAGCCAAUUACAGACUUUAUUGUUCCUGUUUCUGAAAUUGAAAAACACAGUGGAAUGAAAUUAUUGCACCGAAUUGAUAAGGCCAAGACAGCACCUUUAUGUAAGAAUUUUAAUUGUGAAUUAAAACCUUGGCAAGAGUUGGAAAUACAAAAGAUUUUAUGGGAUAAAGAAAUAACGAAAGAGAAAGCAGAGCAAGAAUGGAACAAAUUACUCAAAGAGGGAUGGCAACCAUCCCCACAAAUUGUUCAACAAUAUCAGGCCAAGUUGUCCAAGCUCUAA